AUGCCAAAACGACAUCUGCAGCUCGCAAGGAUUGAUCCAAGCAUUUCUGCUCAGGAUUUCUACGCGGAGUAUAUCUCAAAACGUCGACCAGUGAUCCUCACAGGCCUCCUCGACGACACAUCCUUCAAGGGUGAAAAAUGGACGAAUAUGUCCUACCUUAGCAAAAAAGCGGGCGACAUUGAGGUUCUCGUCGAACCGAUCCAUCCGAUCGCGAACCAGUACGGCACGGACGUAGAGCGCGUCUCGACGACGUUCGGCGAAGGCGAGCGUGUACCCGUACCUACCACGCAGUAUGCAGAAGAGAGCCCGGACCCCGAGACGGUCUUCCCACCACCGACCAACGCGCUCAAAGACGAAUUCCCGAUCGUGCCGCGCAUGAUGGGCAACCUGUUCCUCCAGCAGGUGAACCUCUGGCUCGGACGCUCCAAGGAUGGAUCGUCGUCCGGUCUUCAUCACGACUUCCACGACAACCUCUACUGCCUCCUCCAGGGCAAGAAGCGCUUCGUGCUCUUCUCUCCGGACAACGUCGAGCACCUGCAGCCGCACGGGACGCUCGCCGUACUCCACCCGAACGGGCUCAUCGCGUACUCGGACAUCCCCGUCCGCGCAGACGGGCUCGCGAAGCGCGCGGCGAGGCUCGUCGCGGCGCACGAAGAGGCGCUGGAUGAUCUUGCGGAGCUCGAGCUCGAGGAAGGAGAGGGCGAUGGGGAGGACGACUUCGACUCGCUCAUGAAGGGGCUGGACGACUUCGAAGCGUCAGCGAGCGGUCUCGAGGAGGAUAUCGUCGAAGCUGGUCCAUCGCAGCCGAAAAGCAAGGGUCAAAGGGUCCAGGACGAAGAUGACGAACCAGACGAGGACGAGGACGAGGACGAGGACGAGGAAGACGGCGAAAAUGGCGACGAGGCAGACGCCCCAAGUGAACCCCCUUCCUUCUCUCGAAUCCCGACCGCGCACCUCCACAAGUAUCUCGAUAUCCCCACCACGGCUGCUUUGCCUCCAGACUUCGAUGCGUCUGCGUUCAAGUCCCUCGAAAAGGCGACUGCCCCAUACGUCGUCGAGCUCUCCGCCGGCGAGAUGCUUUACCUCCCAGCAUCCUGGUGGCAUGAAGUUACGUCGACGUCUUCUUCUGAAGGCGAGGUACACAUGGCGUUCAACUAUUGGUUCUAUCCCCCGGACGUACUCGACAAUUUCGAAGCUCCGUACGCCGACGAGCUGGUGUGGGGGUACUUGCGCGAGAAGAGCAAGAGCGAUGUGCAGGGGCAGGACGGUGCUGAUGAGGAAUCGACCGCCAACCGAGGAAAGAGGCCGAGGAGAUUGGAAGAAGGCCCAUCUUCGAAGAGAGCGAGGCGAUAG